UUUCUCCUCACGAGGAUGGGCCUGUUUACUCAACUCUGGGCAUCGUUGGUAAAGCGCUAGGGCGCGCCCAUUUCAGACUGCUAAACUCCAGGGUCAGGGGAAAAAAAAAUCAGGGAGGAGGUAGAAAGCCACACCCCGCGAAUUUCCCCAGGAGCCGAAGGUCGUCCAGGCAGACGCCGCUGAGAUGCGGACCCCACGGCUCCUGACCGCUGCCCACCUCGUCUGCGUGUGGACCGCAGCGCUGGCAGCAGUCCCGGGGCCCCGGUAUCUGGUGACAGCCCCAGGAAUCAUCAGGCCUGGAGGAAAUAUGACUAUUGGGGUGCAGCUCCUGGAACAUAGCCCCUCACCGGUCACUGUGAAAGCAGAGUUGAUCAAGAUGGCAGCAAACCUCACCGUCUCUGUCCUGGAAGCAGAAGGAGUCUUUGAAAGAGGCUCUUUCAAGACACUUACUCUUCCAUCACUCCCUCUGAACAGCGCAAAUGAGAUUUAUGAGCUACGUGUAACUGGACGUACCCAGGAUGAGAUUUUAUUUUCUAAUAGUACACGCUUAUCAUUUGAGACCAAGAGAAUGACUGUCUUCAUUCAGACAGACAAAUCCCUGUACAAGCCAAAGCAAGAAGUGAAGUUUCGCAUUAUCACACUCUUCCCAGAUUUUAAGCCUUACAAAACUUCUAUAAAUAUUCUAAUUAAGGACCCCAAGUCCAAUUUGAUUCAACAGUGGUGGUCAGAAAGAAGUGAUCAUGGAGUCGUUUCCAAAACUUUUCAAUUAUCUUCCCAUCCAAUACUUGGUGACUGGUCCAUUCAAGUUCAAGUGAAUGACCAGACAUAUUAUCAAUUAUUUCAAGUUUCAGAAUAUGUAUUACCAAAAUUUGAAGUUGUCCUGCAGACACCAUUAUAUUGUUCUUUAAAUUCUAAGAGUUUAAAUGGUACCGUCACAGCAAAGUAUACAUAUGGGAAGCCAGUGAAAGGAGAUGUAACACUUACAUUUUUACCUUUAUCUUUUUGGGGUAUGAAGAAAAAUAUUACAAAAAAAUUUAAGAUAAAUGGAUCUGCAAACUUCUCUUUUAAUGAUGAAGAGAUGAAAAAGGUAAUGGAUUUUUCAGAUCGUCUUUCUGAACACAUGUCUCUGUCUUCCCCUGGGCCGGUAGAAAUUUUAGCCACAGUGACAGAAUCACUUACAGGUAUCUCAAGAAAUGCAAGUUCCAAUGUGUUUUUUAAGCAACAUGAUUACAUCAUUGACUUUUUUGAUUAUGCUACUGUCUUGAAGCCAUCUCUCAACUUCACAGCCACUGUAAAAAUAACCCGUUCUGAUGGCAAUCAACUGACUCUUGAAGAAAGAAGAAAUAAUGUAGUCAUAACGGUGACACAGAGAAACUCUACUGAGUAUGGGAUCAGAUGGAACAGUAGAAAUCAGGAUAUAGAAGCUAUCCAGAUCAUAAAUUAUACUGUCCCACAAAACGGGGUCUUUAAGAUUGACUUUCCAAUCUCGGACAAUACCAGCAUGCUACAAUUAAAGGCCUCUUUUCUUAAUAGUGUGAAUAGCAUGGCAGUUCAUGAUAUAUUUAUGUCUCCUAGUAAAACAUACAUCCAACUAAAAGCAAGAGAUGGAAAUAUAAAGGUGGGAUCACCUUUUGAGUUGGUGGUAAAUGGCAACAAGCAGAUGAAGGAGUUAAGCUACCUGGUAGUAUCCAGGGGACAGUUGGUGGCUGUAGGCAAGCAAAAUUCAACCACCUUUUCUUUAACACCAGAAAAUUCUUGGGCUCCAAAAGCCUGUAUAAUUGUGUAUUAUAUUGAAGAUGAUGGGGAAAUUAUAAAUGAUGUUCUAAAAAUUCCUGUUCAGCUUGUUUUUAAAAAUAAGAUAAACCUGUUUUGGAGUAAAGCUAAUGCUAAACCAUCUGAGAAAGUGUCUCUUAGGAUCUCAGUGACACAGCCCGACUCCGUAGUUGGGAUUCUAGCUGUUGACAAAAGUGUGAAUCUGAUGAAUAAUACCUCAAACGAUAUUACAAUGGAAAAUGUGCUCCAUGAGUUGGAACUUUAUAACACAGGAUAUUACUUAGGCAUGUUCGUGAAUUCUUUUGCAGUCUUUCAGGAAUGUGGCCUCUGGGUAUUGACAGAUGCAAGCCUUCUGAAGGAUUUUAUUGAUGGUAUUUAUGAAAGUGUAGCAUUUGUUGACGACUACUUGGAGGAAAAAGAAGAAUCCUUGGUAGAUUUAUAUGACUUUUCAGUUAGUAAUCCACGUGUCAGAAAGCAUUUUCCAGAGACUUGGAUUUGGCUAGACACCAACAUGGGUUCCAAGAUUUACCAAGAAUUUGAUGUUACUGUACCUGAUUCUAUCACUUCUUGGAUAGCGACUGCUUUUGUGAUCUCUGAGGACUUAGGUCUUGGACUAACAACUGUUCCAGUGGAGCUGCAAGCCUUCCAACCAUUUUUUAUUUUUUUGAAUCUUCCCUACUCUGUAAUUAGAGGUGAAGAAUUUGCUUUGGAAGUAACCAUAUUCAAUUAUUUGAAAGAUGCCACUGAGGUUAAUGUAAUCAUUGAGAAAAGUGCCCAGUUUGAAAUUCUCAUGACUUCGAAUGAAAUAAAUGCCACCGGCCACCAGCAGACCGCUCUGGUUCCCAGUGAGGGUGGGGCGAGUGUUCUCUUCCCAGUCAGGCCCACGCAUCUGGGGGAAAUUCCCAUCACAGUCACAGCUACUUCACCCGCGGCUUCCGAUGCUAUCACCCGGAGGAUUUUAGUCAAGGCUGAAGGAAUAGAGAAAUUAUAUUCACAAUCCAUUUUAUUGGACUUGACUGACAACAAGCAACAAACUACCCUGAAAACUUUGAGUUUCUCCUUUCCUCCUAAUGUAGUGAGUGGUAGUGAAAGAGUGCAGAUCACUGCAAUUGGAGAUAUACUUGGUUCUUCCAUCAAUGGCUUAGACUCAUUGAUUCGGAUGCCUUAUGGCUGUGGUGAACAGAACAUGAUAAAUUUUGCUCCAAAUAUUUAUGUUUUGGAUUACCUGACUAAAAAGAAACAACUGACAGAGAAUUUAAGAGAAAAAGCCCUUUCCUUUAUGAGACAAGGUUAUCAGAGAGAACUUCUCUAUCAGAGGGAUGAUGGCUCUUUCAGUGCUUUUGGGAAUGAUGACCCUUCUGGGAGCACUUGGUUGUCAGCUUUUGUUUUAAGAUGUUUCCUUGAAGCUGAUCCUUACAUAGUUAUUGAUCAGAAUGUGUUACACAGAACAUAUACUUGGCUCAAAGGACAUCAAAAAUCCAAUGGUGAAUUUUGGGACCCCGGAAGAGUGAUCCAUAGUGAGCUUCAAGGUGGCAAUAAAAGUCCAGUAACGCUUACAGCUUAUAUUGUGACUUCUCUUCUGAGAUAUAAAAACUAUCAGCCUAAUAUUGAUGUGCAAGAGUCUGUCAACUUUUUGGAGUCUGAAUUCAACAGAGGAAUUUCAGACAAUUAUACUCUAGCUCUUAUAACUUAUGCGCUGUCAUCCGUGGGGAGCCCUAAAGCCAAGGAAGCUUUGAAUACGCUGACUGGGAGAGCAGAACAAGAAGGAGGCAUGCAAUUCUGGGUGUCAUCAGUGUCCAAACUUUCUGAAUCCUGGCAGCCAAGCUCCCUGGAUAUUGAAGUUGCAGCCUAUGCACUGCUCUCACACUUCCUGCAUUAUCAGGUUUCUGAGGGAAUCCCAAUUAUGAGGUGGCUAAGCAGACAAAGAAAUAGCUUGGGAGGUUUUGCGUCUACCCAGGACACCAUUGUGGCUCUGAAGGCCCUCUCUGAAUUUGCAGCCCUAAUGAACACAGAAAGGACAAAUGUCCAAGUGACCGUGACAGGGCCCAGCUCACCAAGACCUGUAAAGUUUCGGAUUAACACACAGAACCGCUUUCUCCUCCAAACCGCAGAGCUUGCUGUGGUAGAGCCAACUGAAGUUAAUAUUUCUGCAAGUGGUUCUGGAUUUGCUAUUUGUCAGCUUAAUGUUAUUUAUAAUGUGAAAGAUUCAGAGUUUUCUAGAAGACGAAGAUCUAUCCAAAAUCAAGAAGCCUUUGAUUUAGAUGUUGAUGUGAAGGAUAACAAAGAUGAUGUCAAUCACUUGAAUUUGAAUGUGUGCACAAGGUUUUUGGGCCCAGCUAGAAGUGGCAUGGCCCUUAUGGAAGUUAACCUACUCAGUGGUUUUACGGUGCCUUCAGACGCAAUUCCUCUGAGCGAGACAGUGAAGAAAGUAGAGCAUGAUCAUGGAAAACUCAACCUAUAUUUAGAUUCCGUAAAUGAAACCCAGUUUUGUGUUGAUAUUCCUGCUGUGAGAAACUUUAAAGUUUCGAAUACGCAAGAUGCUUCAGUGUCCAUAGUGGAUUACUAUGAACCAAGGAGACAAGCGGUGAGAAGUUACAACUCCAAAGCGAAGCUGUCCUCUUGUGACCUCUGUGGAGACGUCCACGGCUGCGGUCAUUGCGAGAAUGGAGCUUCGGCCUCCCUUCCUCACUCUUCAGUAAUUUUCGUUUUCUGUUUCAUGCUUCUGUUCUCUUUGCAACAUUGGCUGUGAUUUAGUUUUUGAGGACUCCAUGUAACACAUUUCCAGAAGUCACAAGUGAUUAUCUUGUUUUCGUAAUCCACUAUUGCUUUUGACUAUUUUGAAAAACAAUUUUCUUUUCCUUUUUUGGAGUUUUGGGGGGAUGGUGUACAACAGAUCCUAGUAUGUAUAGCUGUAUAGAUUUCUUCACUCGACUUCUGUGUGGAACAAAAUUCAGAAUUACUGCAGUUGUAUGUCUUUAUUUUUCCCCCCUUAAAAUAUUUUAGGAUUUUUGUGGGACAUGAUUUCUCCAGAAUCAAUGUGUUAUUUUAGA